UCAUCCCCUACUUCAUUGUCCGCUUCCUGGAGCCAUUUUUCGCUCUAGCGAGAGGGAGUUUGCAUCGCAUUUUAAUCGCUUACAUCGGGUGUUUUAGGAUUUAGCAAUCUCACUCAUAUUACAGCUAUGCAUUCCUAAGACUGUGCGCUUUCAUCAUUUAUGAUUAUUUUAAAGCCACUCGCUCGGAUUUGAUCGAAAAAGAGCCUCUAAUCACAAGUGGGACAAAGGGAACCUGCGCUUCUGAGGAUCAUGAGAAAGGGGGGUUCCUCGGUCUCAGGACAAAUUAUGUUAACAGGGGUUGUUAGAGGCGAACAACACGGUGUUUUUAGUGCGGUUUCCGAUCGACGAUGUGGAGCUUAUUCCAAUGCAGCAGCCCGUAUACAGAUAAACACACCGCCGUCCACUAAUAAUGUCUGUGUGCCCGAGGCUUCUGCUGCUGACAGUUUGUACACAACUCCUCUACAAGGAGCGACACAUGGGACAGGACUGCGACCCACACUAGGACGACCACCGGCUAAAAGGAGGUUGGAGCUUGACAUCACAGACCACCAAUACAGCGAGCCAGCUAAAACCUUUCGGAGUCGCAAAGGAGCCCUUAAACUGAAGGUCCCCAAAGCUCCUAAAACCCCACCGGAAAAGACUCGAUACGACACAUCCUUAGGCUUUCUGACUAAAAAGUUCUGUCAGCUUCUGGCGCAAUCCUCCGAUGGAGUGCUGGAUCUCAAUAAAGCUGCCAUUGUGCUCAACGUCCAGAAGAGACGUCUGUAUGACAUCACCAACGUGCUGGAGGGAGUGCGCCUCAUCAAGAAAAAGUCUAAGAACAACAUACAAUGGCUCGGCUCCAGUCUUCCGUCAGAAGGUGGUCUUCCGUCUCCAGCGAUGCAGAGUCACAACCUGGCCAGAGAGAUGCUGGCGCUCACUCAGGAGGAGAGACGCCUGGAUGAGCUCAUUCAGACCUGCACACGAAACGUCCAGCAGAUGACCGAGGAGAUCCACAGUCAGAAAUAUGCCUAUGUGACCUAUCAGGACAUCCGAAGAAUAAAGAGCCUAAAAGACCAAACCGUCAUAGCGAUCAAAGCACCAUCUGAAACAAAGCUGGAAGUGCCUGACCCUAAGGAGAGUUUACAGGUCCACCUGAGUAGCUCCAAGGGUCCCAUUGAUGUUUUCCUCUGUACGGAUGGUGGCGACUCUGGGAGUCUGCUGCACAACGGCCUUGAUGUGAAUGGAAAUCACCCUGCGUUUCUCAAAGUCUCCCAAGAAACUGCUUCAGAUGGAAUGGCUGAUGGUGUGAAGAUGAACGGUAGCGUCAAUGGUUUUGGGUCCUUGGCUGGAAGUGCCCCCAUGUCACCACUCAGUUCCUCCUUGUCCUCCAUUCUCCAACAGCCAGAGGAGUCCAUCCCCUUCGUGCCGCUGUCUCCUGCUCUCCUCAAUGACGAAUACAUGCUGAGCUUGGGUGAUGAGCAGGGUAUAAGCGAUCUGUUCGACUCCUGCGACCUGGACACGCUAGCAUUGGAUGACCUGCUUAGGAUAUGAGCGAUCCCGGAAGCCAGCCGGACCUGAUUUCAAGUUAGUUGACCGGUGGUGCUUAGUUCCUGAAUGAAAUCUAGAUUGACAAGAUUGAUGGGCGUAAAUCUGGGGAUGAACUACAGACUGAAUUUCCUCGUCGCAUUUGACAUUCACAGUUUACGCAUGGAUCUUCUUUAGGUUUACUGCCUCAGGAUCCAAGGUUUCUCUUGUCUCUUACUGUACAGAUGGGUUUCUGUACCCUGAUAAUGUCAUUUUAAAGUUAUUUUUAGUGUGGUGGAUUGCAUGAAUUGUGUGAUUGGUCUGUAAAUGUCAUACUGGUUUUUGUGAUGGGCAGCCCCUGCGAAUAAUGCAGAAAGUUCACAAUUUCCUCAAAAAUAGAGUAUUUCUCUACUCUUAAUGGGCGUUUUUUUUUUUUUUUUUUUGAGUUAAUCUCUUGCUUGCUUUCAUUGGGAAAGUCAUCUCAGCAUUGUAGGCUAGCUUAAAAUCAAAGAAGAUCAGCGAGUUGUUCCCUUAUUGAAUGAUCCAAAGUGCAUUUGGUGCUUUAUCACUUAUUAUGCUAUAUGCCAGUGUACUGUAUCUCAGGGCACAGAUCAAGGAGUGGGUGCUUUGUGUGGUGAUCUAGUGAUGUCUGGGUAAAUGUAGAAUGAAAUCGGUUUUCCUGAACUACAGCGUCUUAUCAAUUUUGUUACCAAAUGAUUUGUUCAAAGAAAUGAACAUGUCUUGUCCUCCAUUUUUGGUGUGAUUCAUGUGUAAACAACAAUGUAAUGAUUCUGCAAGUUGUGCAGUUUUGGCUAAUUUUUAAACUCUAGAUGGGAAACUGAAUUUUGGAUAUUAUUACCCUAAUCCAGUCCCCCUUCAUGUUGAAUGUAUUUCAGUAUCUGAAUUGCACUGAAGACUUGAGUCUUAUGAAGCCAUCAUGGACAUCUGUGGCGUAACUCGCCACUUGAUUAUCUAACAUUUACUGUCCCACAGAGAAUUUUAGGUUUUUCAGUAGCAGCCGUUUUGUGUAGUGCACAUUAAUUUCCCAUCAUGUUUCUU